GUGAAAUAGGGGACAUUUUGGUGCUGGAAGGAAGGGUGUGAAAAUACUACAAAUAACCCGGAAUAUAAGCACUUUUUUGGGGCAGUUUGGACUAACCUCCCGUGCAAUGGCUCCAUGGUUGAAAGUUGUGUAAACAUCCAUAAAAUAUGGACGGGUGGAGCCCAAUCGUAGCCUCGGAUACUGAGCGCUCCAGCUCCGAGGGGGAGUACAUGCUGGAGCCCGGAGCCCAGGAUGGGAGCCUGGAGGCGGGGGAGGGAGAGAGCAUGGCCCCCUCUGGAGGAACCACUGCUUCUGCUGCUUCUGGUUCUUCUGCUGCGGUGGGGUUCGGGAUGAGCGGCACUGGGGAGGGGAAGCUGGUUCUGGGUCGGGUCGGUCCGAGGGACGACACGGAGCUGAGGGUGCUGCACCUGCUGUGGGAGCGGGGGGGCGAGGCUCUGAGCAGCCGGGCGGGGAAGGUGAGCUGCAGGAGGAACCACAGGCUGAGCCGAAGCGUGGGGCCUCUGGGGAAAGAUAUCUAUGCGGUGAAGCGACUGAGGGAAGCAGCAAACAGCAACGACAUCGACACAGGUGAACAGUCCACAUAUUUAGAUAUUAUUACAAAAACAC